AUGGCAGCAUCCAAGACUAGUACCGAGGCUGUCGACCAGAAAGACUUUCUCGAAGGUCCCGGUCAAGUCACCGAGCAUGUCGAAAUAACCCAAGCCGUCACCUGGACUGCAGAGGAAGAGAAGAAACUUGUCCGUAAGAUCGACAUGUUUCUCCUGCCGAAUAUUUGGCUCAUGUACUUACUCUCGUAUAUGGACCGAACCAACAUCGGAAACGCAAAGAUCGCCGGCAUGGCUGAUGAUCUUAAGCUCACCUCGUCCCAGUACAGUAUUAUUCUCGUCGUCUUCUUCGGUAAGGUUCUCGCCCGUCACUCCAGGACUAAUCAGCUAACAUUGUCAGUUGGUUAUGUUAUCUUUGAACCGCCGUCCAACAUGAUCUUGGUUCGGACCCGACCGUCUUUAUACCUCCCUGCAAUCAUGAUUAUCUGGGGUGUGCUCACAUGCAUCAUGUCUGUCGUUCAGAGCUACCACCAUCUCAUCAUCCUCCGAGUCUUUGUCGGUGUCAUGGAAUCAGGCUUUGCUCCAGGCAUCCUACUUAUCUUCUCAUCCUGGUAUAAGCGAACUGAGCAGUCAAAGCGAUUUGCGGUCUUUAUGUCAGCUGCUAUCUUGUCCGGGGCCUUUGGUGGCCUUCUUGCAGGCGCCAUUACCGGCGGCCUUGAGGGCGCCCAUGGGAUUCGGGGGUGGCGCUGGCUUUUCAUCGUGGAGGGCGUGGCUACCAUUGGUUGGGCCAUCAUUGCCGCGUUUUUGCUUCUUGACUUCCCAGUCAAUACCAAGCACCUGACAGACCGUGAGCGAGCGAUCGCAAUUGCUAGACUCCAGGAGGAUAGUGUUACCGUAAGGGGCCAGGGCGAAAACGUCGGCAAGAUACAGUCGCUUGUCCUUGCGUUGCGAGAUUGGCGGACUUGGGGUUUUAUCUUUGGCUACAUGGUCAUUGUCGGUUCCUCGACCCUUUCUUACUUUUACCCCACCUUAGUCCACGGCCUUGGCUACAGCAGCACUGUUCAAGCGCAAUAUAUGACGGUUCCAAUUUACGCUGUUGCAUUCGUGUGUACCGCCAUCAGCGGCUACUUCGCCGACAGGAUCUCGAACUACCGCGGUCUCAUCAUCGCCGGAUGGCUCAGCUUCUCAAUGAUAACAUCAAUUGCAGUUUGUGUGGUCUACAACUUCACCGCCCGGUAUGCGCUACUUGUUCUCAUGGCUGCAGGACUGUGGGCAUCCAAUGCUAUAUCACUGAGCUUUGCAGCCUCAACAUUCGGGUCUAUGGACGCCGAGGUUCGAGCUGUUGCGCUAGCGCUCAUGAACGCUCUGGGUAACCUUGCACAAAUCUAUGGCGCCUACCUGUUCCCCUCUGAUGAUGCACCGAAGUAUCUUAUGGGCUUUGGUGUUAUUUCUGGUAUGCUUGGCUUUGGCGUUUGCGUUUAUAUUGUUAUGCAUGUUCUUGUCCGACGGUUGAAGCCAUGA